AUGCGAAGGGUCAACUACUACAUUGGUCGCAUGCUCGUGGAUGAAGAGGGAGCGCUUGCACCCUCCAUGCAGAAGCUGGUGAAGCACGGAGAUCCGAAUCUGCUGUGCCACCCAUGCACUCGCUUCGUCUUCGAUCUCCUCUGGUCCAGAAUGUGCUGCCUAGCCUUCAUCAUAACCAAACUGUGGUUCGUGCUGACUUUGCUGGAUUUCAUCGUGGGCUUGCAGUACGGCAUCCUCAUGUUCGACUCGGCAGGGCCGGGCAGGUUUGCUUUGAUCGGAUGUCGGCUGUUCAUGUACAUCUUCAGUCUUGGCCAGCUGUUUAUCAAGCAUACGGCGCAGGUAUCAAGCGCUUACAAAGAAGCGCGGACAGUGCGGUGUUUGAAGCGCGUGCCUCUACCUGCAUACCUUUUCUCCUCUAGACAAGAGUUUGUGGAAUUUGUGCUGGCUUUAUUCUUGAUGUGCAUGCUGGCUAUGGAGCCGUUCUUGCACUGCCUCAAUGUCGACGACCGAUGGGUCACCAACUGCUGUGAGCAUGGCGAGUUCUACUGCAGCCUCUCCGACAAUUACGAUCGCAUUUCGACAAUCCCGAUGCUUCUUUACUUCGUGCUUGCAGCAGACCUCAUCCAUCUCAACAUCCACCUGUCCAGCUUUGCUGUCAUUUGUACGAGUCUAUGGUGGGAGUUCGUGCUGUACUUGGGAGCGCUGACAUUUCUGGCCACGGCGUUUGCCAGUGCUAUUGCAUGCCUGCCUCAAACAGGAGCAGAUGACAGCGUUCAGCUGCGUGACUUCUACAACUGGCCGUCGGCGUUUCAAUCGCUCCUAUCCAUGGCGUUGAGUAUGUAUGGCGGAAACAAUUAUGAGGAGAUCGCCACAGCAGACGAGGUGCCCCUGAAAUGGUGGAUCAUGGCAUUCGGCGCAUGCUGGCACAUCUUUCUGAUGAACCUGAUGGUCGCACAGCUUUGCGAAUCGUAUCGUGGAAUCUUUCGGGACGCCAUGGGCCAUGCGUGGCUGACACGUGGCACACUUAUCUUGGAGACAGCAAUGCCCCUGAUUUCCGCCAAGAGGUGGAAGGCCUUUGUGGAUGACCUGCACUUGGAAGAGCCGUGCGAGCUGGAUGAAGGUGAUGUCGGACCGAGAAGUGGUGUACCGACUGUGGAAGGCCCCUUCGAAUACCUGAAGAGUCCAAAUGUGGACUUGGAUCGAGUCUGUCGUUUCGGUGGCCUGGCGUCCAUGGACCUACCGUGGCCCGAGGACAAGCCCGACGAGGACUCCAAUGCACAGCUGCAGCAGUUGACACAGAAGAG